AUGCAAAUUCCUGUACUGUUCGAAACCCGCCGUGGUCGCUGCAGCGAACCAGAUGCCGACGAAGAGCCCUCCAGCCUCGUUUCUGGCGUAAUACCGAGUAAUUCCACUAAAGUUGGCAAUGCGGUAGAAGAAAUAUCCCGAUCAGGGGCCCUCUCCAAUCCUGCCAAUACCAGUGACCGGGGAGAACCUACCUAUGACGCCGCAGCCAAAGGGUGCUCCAAGCCAUUGGAGAUGCCGCCUCGACACCCGACCUCUGCGGCUGGUCUGUCCACCAGGCGGCACUUUUUGGAGCUGACCUCGGAGGCAAGACAUCCACAUCAUCUCGAUGUGCCGUCCUCUCAAGUGAAUCAAGAACCAACGGGAACAAGAUCAUGA